AUGAUGGAUACAACCUCUAAUUUGAUUGUUUCCUCACCAAAUAUUAAAUAUACUGACGAUUUUAUCUAUUCAGACUAUGAAUACGAGGAUACUCUUGUUACUAGAAAUAAGAAUGAGCUAGUGGCAAAACCAUACCGAACAUCACUUCAAAUUAAAACAGAGAGGAAGAUUGGCAGGGUUGGUGUCAUGUUGGUAGGCUGGGGUGGAAAUAAUGGAUCCACCUUCACAGCAGCAGUACUGGCCAACAGACAUCAACUUUCAUGGAAUACAAGAAAUGGAAAACUAGAUUCUAACUGGCUUGGAUCAAUCACACAAGCAUCUACAGUUCGUCUAGGACUAGAUGAAAAAGGGAAUGAUGUAUUUGUCAAAAUGUCCCAACUGUUGCCUAUGGUACAUCCAGAUGAUCUAGUUAUCGAUGGGUGGGACAUAAGUCCUUUGAACCUUGCGGAGUCAAUGGUACGGGCGAAAGUCAUCGACUAUGAUCUUCAGCAGAAGUUGAAGAAAGAGAUGUCAGCUAUGAAGCCUAGACCAGCUAUUUAUGACCCUGACUUUAUUGCAGCUAAUCAGGCUGACAGAGCAACGAACCUCAUCCGCGGUACGCGCUAUGAGCAGUACCUACAGAUUCGUGCAGAUAUCAAGAACUUCCGCGACAAGAAGAAGUUGGAUAAGGUCAUUGUACUCUGGACAGCUAAUACUGAAAGGUUCUGCGAAGUGCGGCCAGGUGUACAUGAUACAGAUGAGAAUUUGGAGAAGGCGCUCCGUGCUAAUGAUUCUGAGAUUUCGCCUUCUACAAUCUUUGCUAUGGCCGCUAUUGAUGAAGACUGUUGCUACAUCAACGGAUCGCCACAGAACACAUUAGUCGCUGGUGUGGUCGAAAGGGCGGAAAAACGUGGCGUUUUUGUUGCUGGCGAUGAUUUUAAGUCCGGACAGACGAAGCUUAAAUCUGUGCUUGUCGAUUUUCUUGUGUCUGCUGGUUUAAAACCAGUAUCUAUCGUGAGCUACAAUCACCUCGGUAACAAUGAUGGAAAGAAUCUCUCAGCUCCCAAACAGUUCCGAUCCAAAGAGAUAACAAAGAGCAACGUUGUGGAUGACAUGGUGGAAUCGAAUCGCAUUUUGUACGCGGAAGGCGAGAAGCCAGAUCACGUGGUGGUUAUUAAAUAUGUGCCGUAUGUUGGUGACUCCAAGCGAGCAAUGGACGAGUAUACUUCGGAAAUCCUCCUACACGGAACAAAUACUAUCGUGGUCCACAACACGUGUGAGGAUUCCUUGCUAGCAGUUCCACUCAUUUUGGAUUUGGUGGUGCUGGCUGAGUUAUUCACUCGCCUGUCUUUCAGACCUAAUGUCAAUCAAGAAUGGACCCCAAUGCACGCGGUUUUGUCCCCUCUAGCCUAUCUCCUGAAGGCGCCCUUAGUUCCCCCGGGAACACCCGUUGUCAACGCCCUGUUCAAGCAGAGGGCCUGUAUCGAUAACAUAAUGAGGGCCUGCCUCGCACUUCCACCUGUCCAUCAUAUGCAGUUGGAACAUAAGGUUCCAUUUUUGAUGUCCGAUUUGAAGUCUGGCGCGAUGUUCGCUUCAUCACCGCCAUUGAAGAAGCAAAAAUUGGCCCACGAAAAUGGCGAUCAUUAA